AGAAAUGAACAUAAACACAGAAACCAGCUAAACCCUUCUCUAUGGUUAGUGAUUUUGAUAAACAUUUAAUGUUUUAUUUAAAGAAAAUUAUUAAUAUACUGCAUAAAAUUCCAUACUUGGGCUCACGUUCAUCAACUUCAAAACCAGAAUUUUACAAGGUCAAACACCAGUCUCAUCACACAACAUGAACUCCGCGCCCUCUCGCCACCAGAUCCGUGGUGACGACAUAAACGUACACUCUGGUGAUCAUAGAACUGCAAGACAUGAUCCCGACGAGUCCAAAUCUCUUCCACCAGACGAGCUCACGGAGUCUGUCGGGAGUGCUGACCACGUGGAAGAGAAGGCUGUGACCUCGAGUCCCUCCGCUGACAAACACACACAUGCCGGUCGGGACUACCCUCUUGCGCGCACAGGCACUUCACAGCCGGAAAGUCCACCUGCAGUACUGGUGGAAAGAUUCGACAGAGCCACGGAUGAUUUAAUCGACUCUCCUCUGGAAUCGGGUCUUAGCGGUGACCUUGAGAAAUCAAAUGAUUCCAGGUCAGGAUACAUCGACACCACAGUGGAAAAAAUUGGACGUGAUGUUUUUUAUCCGGAGGUUAAGAAAAUUCAUCGUUUUUCAAGCAUUCCUAGAAUAGAUGCCUUAAUCAAGGAAGAGUCGUUUCUUUAUUCUGGCCACAGUUCUAGUAAAAUAUCGGUUGACUAUUCAGAAACUAACAAUUCGACCAACAAUGAAUGCAAUUUGUUAAGUUCUGCAACUUCUGCAACUCCUGGAUGUACGACAGAAGAAAAUACUGAUUACACUCGGACCAAUAAUAUCGGAGUCGAAACAUUCAACUCGUUAGAAAGAGAAAACGUUUACUUUGAACAAGAAAGCUUGGGAAAAGACUUUUACGAAGGUAGAGCUUUAGUAAAGCAGGAAAUGAUAUUCAUUCAGCCGGAAAAUAUUCAGGACAUAAAAACAUCAGAAACGUCAGAAAGGGAAUACAUCAACAAAGAAGAACGUGUUUUUCAACUAAGAAGUGUUCAAAAUAAAUGUGAUCUAGCACGUGUGCAUAAAGCUGAAGAAAACGCAACAAAUUCCCAAAAAUAUUCGGGCGAAAACACUAACAAAUACACGACACACUGCAAAGAAGCACCGGAAAAUAAUUCUCUGAAUCUGAAAACAAUUGCCAGCAUUCACGAUGUUAAAAGCAGAUCUAGCUGCCCAGUGGUAUUCAGUAAAGAAAGGGAAAAUUUUCCUGAUACAACAAUAUCUAUAGCUAAAUGUUCAUCUACACCAGAGACACCCAAACUAUCACUGUGUGAAAAUGAAGAAAGAUCUAGCUGUGGAGAAUUGAGUUCCGAUGACAAGACAAAAGAAAAAUAUUGUAACAUUUUCAUUGAUACAAUGGUUAGGGAGUCUGAAUCUAAAAAGGCGGUAAACAAUGAUCAUAUUCAGAUUUGGGAAAACAGCAAAAUUCUGCGACAAACAGAUGAUAAUAUUACUGAAAAAGGACAAAUGGACUCAAAUGAAAAAUUGAAUGAAGUCGUAAGCAUUAGUCCACUCCACAUGACCCAUGAAAUGCCUACAACUAAAUAUGGGGAUAGACAUACAGAGGAAACAAUUUGUUACGUUCAAGAAAAUCAUGGGGACACUGUAAGUAGACCAGUUAAUAUAGUUAAAAAUAAAGUGUUUAAUGAUAGUGUUUGUGCUCUUACGAAAGAAGGCAGUGCAGUUCGUAAUUUUGAAAUUAGUCAAACAAUUCAUUUCCCUGAAACAACAACUAUUCAGGAAGACUUGCAAGAGUAUGCAAAUCCCAUAAUCAAUAAAGCAUCUCGCAACAACAACAUUGUCGAAGUGUCUUCAUGGUCUCCAAUUCGGCAAAAACAUGCUACUAUUGAAAUACAAAAUAUACUUGACCAAGACUCGUAUCGGGAGCUUAGAAACCUGCCAACAAGAGGAAAAGCCCACUCAGCGACUGAAACUGCUCUUCCAAGUGUAUCGUGGAAGCCUCGCCAAGCAAAAGAGUCGUCCGAGUCGGAUAUUCAAAACUUGAGGAAAAUCACGCUGCCCAUAGGCACAUUCCAAGGAGUCUCUCUCACGCGAUGUGCGAUGGCGGGAGACGUCUCCAGGGACCCCGCUUGGGAACAGCACAGGAGGCAGUACUGUCUGAUGAUGGAAAUGAUCGCCGUCAACGCUCGCCCGGUAGAUCCCGUUGGACUCUAUUUCCUCCAGAAAGAGAUCCGCAAAUACAUGGGCGUUCCAAAACAAGCUGAAUGUAAUCAGAAUUCUCAGCCAAGUAUAUUUUCGACAUUCAGACGAUGGCUGCGAAGGCUUUUCUGUGGCAAAUAGUCUGCUCUCCUAAUCCAAAUAGUGAACUUGGACAACUGAUGAGUUUCAAUUAUAACAAAAGACGUAAUCUAUUCUAAAGUAUGCGUAGAGUUGUUUUAUCUUUGUCAUUAUAUUAAAAAAAACACAUUAAUUGUGUGAGCGAAAUAAUAUUGUAUUUAAUGCCACUAUAACAGUAUUUUCUCUUUCAUUUCGUUGCUUAUUGUCUUAAACCAUUAGAAUUAGUAAGAAAUAAUUCGUGUAAAAUUUUCAUGUAGAGGUAACUAAAUAUUAAAAGUAAUAAAACAAUGAAUUUCA